AUGAAUGAUUCUAAGUGGACUGAAUGGAGGAUCGUGAACAUGAGCAGUGGCAUUGUGAACGUGUCCGAGCGUCACUCCUGCCCACUUGGAUUUGGCCACUACAGCGCGGUGGAUGUCUGCAUCUUUGAGACAGCCGUGAUUGUCUUGCUGACAUUUCUAAUCAUUGCUGGAAAUCUCACAGUCAUCUUUGUCUUUCACUGUGCUCCACUCCUACACCACUAUACUACCAGCUAUUUCAUUCAAACAAUGGCGUACGCUGAUCUUUUCGUUGGAGUUAGCUGCCUGGUUCCCACUCUCUCACUUCUCCACUACUCCACAGGUGUCCACGAGUCGUUGACUUGCCAGAUUUUUGGAUAUAUCAUUUCCGUUCUGAAAAGUGUUUCCAUGGCCUGUCUGGCUUGCAUCAGUGUGGAUCGCUAUCUUGCAAUAACCAAGCCUCUGUCCUACAAUCAGCUGGUCACUCCUUGUCGCCUGAGAAUUUGCAUUAUUUUGAUCUGGCUCUACUCCUGCCUGGUCUUCUUGCCUUCCUUCUUCGGCUGGGGGAAACCUGGUUACCACGGUGACAUUUUUGAGUGGUGUGCCACCUCUUGGCUCACGAGUGCCUAUUUCACUGGCUUUAUUGUUUGUUUACUUUAUGCUCCUGCUGCCUUUGUUGUCUGCUUCACUUACUUCCACAUUUUCAAAAUCUGCCGGCAGCACACCAAAGAGAUCAGUGACCGAAGAGCCCGGUUCCCUAGCCAUGAGGUAGACGCCUCUAGAGAGACUGGACAUAGCCCUGACCGCCGCUACGCCAUGGUUUUGUUUAGGAUAACCAGUGUGUUUUACAUGCUGUGGCUCCCUUAUAUCAUUUACUUUCUUCUGGAAAGCUCCCGAGUCUUGGACAAUCCGACAUUGUCAUUCUUAACGACCUGGCUGGCUAUAAGUAACAGUUUCUGUAACUGUGUGAUCUAUAGCCUCUCCAACAGCGUUUUCCGGCUUGGCCUCCGCAGACUGUCCCAGACAAUGUGCACGUCUUGUAUGUGUGUGGACGAUCAGGAUGCACGAGACCCCAAGCCUAGGAAACGGGCUAAUUCCUGCUCCAUUUGA